AUGGUGGUAGCGAACAAUAUGCUAGUGCUGCUGACAAGAAUAAUAGUCUUUCUAGAAGCAAGUAUGGUCAUUCAAAACAAAAUCCGAAGAAGCACUUCAGCUAUAAUCGAUAAGGGUUUAAUGGAAACUCAGAAUACGGUUUGCAGUCAUCGAAGUCCACAUUCUACCCUUACAGACUCUGUAGAUGUUGAUUCUGGGUUCAGCACUGGGAUCACAACAGGUAUAAACCGUAUGAUAAGCAUUCCUUUAAAUUUGGACUUUUUAAUCAUCAUACUUAUAUUAUGCGCAGAACUUUUCGUCAUCAUGCUGAUGCCAUUUGGCUUGGAGAUGUGCAUUACAUGGGGAUACAUUGGCACAAUGUUUACUAUAUUCUUUAUGUACUAUUGGCAUGCUAAUAAUAUUCUGGUUGAAAGCAAUAGUAUAUGUGACUCCGCAUUUUCAUCAAAUUGGAUAGAUUUGGAUCCGAGUUGCAAACGUGCAAUUCAGCUAAUGAUACAAAGAUCCCAAAAAGCGCUUAUGAUGAGAGCUUUUUUCCAACCCAUGAAUUUACGAACUGUUAUACUGAUAUUGCGAACGGCUUAUAGUGCAUUAGCUUUGCUCAGACAUUUGCACGAAGGCUCAUGA